AUAAACACGAACGGAAGUGGUACGAUGAUCACAGGGAUGUGAUACUCGCUGGGGGCACUGGUAACGAGAGCACAGGCACUGGUCUCGAUCUGUACCCGUACUUCAGUUCUACAUGCUACACUGGGUUCGAUGAUGGGGAGGAAGGCUUCUACACCGUGUACCGCAACGUGUUCGAGACUAUUGCGAGAGAG